AUGGCUGGCCUGGAGAUCUGCCUCUGCAGAGGUGGGAGAUGGAAGGGCAUGUUCGGGCAACAGUGGGGAGGCCAUGUGGAUGAAGUACGCUCCGAGGAUCCUGAUUCAGCCGUGCAGCAGCAGGGAGAAACCAUUUCUAUGGAAGAAGAUGGAGCUUCAGCUUGGGACCGUCUGUGUCCUCGGACAUUACUGCAGUCUCGCUCCCCCUGCUCAGAAAGCCACCUCUUUCUGACCUUUGGCCGGUCGGGGACAGCCGUGCCCCUCCCCGGGGGCGGGGCUCUGCCAAGCUGGGCGCAGCAGCAUGGACGCCUCUCGUCUCUCAUUGCAGGUUGGCAGCCGCGGUGGUUUCUCCUGUGUGGCGGCAUCUUGUCUUACUAUGACUCUCCCGAGGACGCAUGGAAGGGCUGCAAAGGGAGCAUCCAAAUGGCGGUCUGUGAAAUCCAAGUUCACUCGGCAGAUAACACGCGGAUGGACCUGAUCAUCCCCGGCGAGCAGUACUUCUACCUGAAGGCCAGAAACGUGGCGGAGCGGCAGCGCUGGCUCGUGGCCCUGGGCUCGGCCAAGGCGUGCCUGACGGACAUCAGGGCCCAGAAGGAGAAAGAGUUCACAGAAAACACGGAGACCCUGAAAACCAAAAUGUCUGAGCUCAGGCUCUACUGCGACCUCCUCGUGCAGCAGGUCAACAGGACAAAAGAAGCCACGGCGGCCGGCGCGGCAGACCCCAAGGAGGGGAUCAACGUGGGAACUCUGCUCAAGUCCACUUGCAACACGUUCCUGAAGACCCUGGAGGAGUGCAUGCAGAUCGCCAACACAGCCUUCACCUCGGAGCUGCUCUACCGGACGCCCCCCGGCUCCCCCCGGCUGGCAGUGCUCAAGCCCAGCAAGACCAAGCUUCCCAUCCUCCCUGUUCACAGCACCCUGGAGAGGCAGAUUGAAUUGAACAGCUGUGAAAACGGAUCUUUAAAUACAGAAAUAAGUGAUUCUGAAGAAACCCUGAUGAAGAACGAGAGCCCCUUAUAUAUGAAGCCCACCGAGAUGGGAAAUAGCGUGGCAGCUAAAGAAAAUGGAGAAGAUCCUUUAAUAGUCCAAAGUGAUGAAGUCAAGGAUGAUGGAGACGAAGAUCCAGGCUCUCCAGUGGAGAGGGAUGUGGAGCCCCCACAGGAGCAGCCCCCGGGGCCGAGUGCUGCCAGGAUGCCUCUUGGGGCCCAGGAAGAGGAGGAGGUGCAGACGUUCUUCAGUGCCAUGAACACAAGCUUUAGCGACAUCGAGCUCCUGGAAGACAGCGGGAUCCCCACGGAGGCCUUCCUGGAAUCAUGCUACGCCGUCGUCCCGGUGUUAGACAAGCUCGGCCCGACCGUCUUCGCUCCUGUGAAAAUGGACCUCGUGGGGAACAUUAAGAAAGUCAAUCAGAAGUACAUCACCAACAAGGCCGAGUUCACGACGCUCCAGAAGAUUGUGCUGCACGAAGUGAGUGCCGAUGUGGCUCAGGUCAGGAACUCGGCCACGGAGGCCCUCCUGUGGCUCAAGAGGGGGCUGAAGUUCCUGAAAGGUUUCCUGACUGAAGUUAGGAAUGGAGAAAAGGACAUCCAGACGGCCCUGAAUAACGCCUAUGGCAAGACCCUGCGGCAGCACCACGGGUGGGUGGUCCGUGGAGUCUUCGCGCUAGCGCUAAGGGCAGCUCCAUCCUAUGAAGAUUUCGUGGCAGCACUGACCAUUAGGGAAGGUGACCAUCACAAAGAGGCAUUUAGCCUCGGGAUGCAGAGGGACCUGAAUCUUUACCUGCCUGCCAUGGAGAAGCAGCUGGACAUCCUGGACAACCUGUAUGAAGCCCAUGGUCUAGAGUCUGAUGAAGUAGUCUGA